UGGUCCAUUAAAUAUUUUGUUUCUUUUCUUAACACUACAAUAUGAUGCUUUCAUCCGUGGACUCUUCUCCCCCCUCCAUUGUCUAGCACGCAGGAGCAGACGAUGCGAAACAGCGCCCUCUGCGGUCACAGUUUCUGAUGGGUCACAGAUUUCGGUGUAACACCGGCGUGGCCCGGUAGAAGCCGCUAACGGCUUCACCGGGGCACCGGAAGCGGAGCUACGGCUCCUCUGACGUCCGUCCUGUUGUUAGGCAGGUUGUCAGGGGCAGCGCAUCAGCCGGUUAAGCUAGCUAGCCCGCGGCUAACACGGAAUUCAAGGGACUUCAGCUGACGAUGACACAUUUAUUCAAAAAGGAAAACGACACCAAAGUACCAGCACACUGACGCCGAGUUUCCUCGGCUGUACGGAGAAAGCAGAGGAGACGACGGUGUCGAGUUUGUCCGAAGCGCCCGGAGGUUUUCCCUGUUAGCUCACGUUAGCUAGGUCUGCUAACGUCGAGCAGCGGGCUAAUGCUACGAACCAGACGUUGACAGCAGCGUUACCUUGUCAAUAGAUACAACCGGCUCCCCCAUUUCAACAUGGAAGACACGCCAGAAGAUUUAAUGGAAGAGGUAGUGGAGGAAGAGGAGGAGGAGGUGGAUGAAGAAGAAGAACACAACAACAACGACGACGACGACUUGCCACCACCACCACCGUCCCUCAAAGCCCCCUUUCGCUCCGCCCGAAUGCAGAUCCAGAGGAGCAGCGUGUGCUCUCGGGCUUACUUCGUGGUCGUCAUGGUGUUCUUCCACAUGUACAUUCUCAACGUCAUCGGCCUGCUGCUCUACGUGCACUACAACAACGGCCCCGGCGAGCUCGUCGUCGGCGACGCGGGCCCCCCGGCGUCGGUGGAAGACGGGGGAACCCUUAUGCCCCCCCCGGACCCGGCCUCUAGGGAGCCGCCCGGGGAGGACCACGGUCAGAGCCUCAGCCUGCCGCGCAUCGAGGGGAUACGGGUGGGACACGUGCAGCAGGUGUCCCUCGUGCCGGACAGAACGCACGCGAUGAGGACGCUCAGCCUGAAGCCUCUGCUGUUCGAGAUUCCAGACUUCCUGUCGGAGGAGGAGUGCCGCAUGGUGGUGCAGCUGGCUCGCCUCAAGGGUCUGACGGAGAGUCGGACCAGCGCCGCGGCACCGGGCCCGGGCCUCGAGGAGGCCAGCCAGCCUCUGCUGUCCCUCAGCACGGAGGAGGUCUUCAGCCUGCUGGACCUGAACCAGGACGGGCUGCUGCAGAAGCAGGAGAUUGUGAGUCACUCGCACUCUCAGGACGGAACCUGGCUGAACCCAGACAACUUGAGGCAGAUCCUCUCUGGUGUGGAGGCCCGUCCAACAGGGCUGCUGACCCUGGAGGACUUUGGCCGUGUUUAUGAUCAGUCCCGGCGCCCCGGACAGCAGCGCAGCGGGAAGCUGCAGAGUGGCUUCAAACAGAGAAACAAACACACAUGGCUCCACCAAGGCCCCGGAUCCCACCAUGUGCUGCAGAGCCUCAGGAACAGACUGAUUGGUCUGACCCGUCUGCCCUCCCCAUUGGUCGAGCUGAGUGAGCCGCUGCAGGUGAUUCGUUACGAGCACGGCGACUUCAGCGACGCCCACCACGACAGCAGCGCCGCCCGCUCAGAGACCACCUGCGAGCACUCGCGCCUGGCGGGGAACGCGUCAGCUCUCACGGCGGUCUCCUGCAGGUAUCUGACCAUGUUGUUCUACCUGAGCUCUGUAGAGGAAGGGGGUGAGACCACCUUUCCUGUGGCUGACAACCGCACCUACGAGGAGCAGGCGCUGGAGCAGGAUGGAGUGGAUCUGACUGACAGCCGGGAGACGUGCGUCAGAGGGAACAUGAGGAUCAAACCCGCGGCCGGCACCGCUCUGCUCUGGUACAACCACCUCUCCGAUGGAAGAGGUUGGAUGGGGGAGCUGGACGAGUACUCGCUGCACGGCGACUGCCCCGUCUCCCGCGGCCUGAAGUGGACGGCCAACAGCUGGGUGAACGUGGACCCUGAUCACCGGCAGCAGACCCGCUACCAGAGACUCGCCGCUCAGAGGCAUCGGGCCGCCGUGGAGGAGCACUACCAACCGCUCCCUCACAGCGACCUCCACCAGGACCUCCACCAGGAACUAUAGCCAGCUCCAGCCGGACCAGACAGAGCCCAUUUAAAGAAAAAAAAACUUGAGUCCCCUUUGCAUUGACGAAUCCGACGAGGCAUCGCCGAUCUUUUUUAUGUCCAAAAUUGAAGUGAAAAAUUGCACAAAACGAUGAAUGAGUCUCGCUUCACUCCUGUUUUUAAUGUUCAGCUACUGAAUACAAAGUAAAUUCCACCACGAGUUUGUAUGGAUCACAAUGGAGAAUUGUGGUUGGCAGAACUCUUGGUUUCAGCUAAGUGAUAACUACAUAUUAAUUAUGUAGAUUUAGAUUUAAAAUCUACUGCCAUUAUCUAAUCAAUAUCUGAUGAAUAAUCAGAUAAACAUAUACAAAGCUAAAGCAGUCAUGUCUAAGAGAUACAACCUCCUUCCCCACCUUCAUUUAUGUGUACUAGUCUUUUACUUCCUUUAAAGGGUUGAAGCCUUUUGUCUACUAUCAUAUCAAAAUAUUCAUCCGUGAAUGUGUUUCUGUGAGAAACCUCUGACACUGUUCUUCUGCUUCCAGAGUUAAUGAGCUUUUUAUCAUGAAACAUUAUUUAUUGACGGUUUGAUGCGCUGUCGUCACACUGAAUGUGGGAGGCCAGUCCUUCAAUAUUCCAAAUCCUUUGUAUCCUCACAUGUCACAUAUUUAAUUAUCUCAGAGUAUUUAUUUGAGCGUUAUUUAAGUUGAAAGAAUGUGUAUUUAUUAAAGCUGGUGUCAUUCACUGCAUCUUAAUGUAUUCUCUUCUGUUUUAUGAAACAUAAAGUAAUGUAUGUUGUA